UGCUUCUCCCGGGUGUCCCCUUGAGGGCCUCUAUCGUGAAUACUCCUCCGGCGACUCCUGCACGUGCGACGCUCCCGCAUUGAUGUGCAACUGUUGUUGAUCCAUACACGGUGCCUUGCCUGUCCCUGGCGACUUGGGGUCGCACGUCUCUGCCGAACCUGCCAUUGUGGCAUCCCCCCUUCACCUACGCACUCGUUUCCGCAUGACCCUGGACUAUCGCAUACUAACGUCAUGCAGGCGCUACAAGCCUCGUCUAUCGAUCGUAUACAUCUGUCACACCCUUUUCCUCCACGUCAUCUCGGCAUCAUAACCACUACCACCACCAUGCCGAUGGACGCGAAAGAAAUCGAGGCCAAGGCCAAGGCCUUGACCAAGGCCGCUACGCAGAACGAGCCCGCCUCGACCAUCGUUACACUACUCAAGGAGCUACAACAAGGAGUCAAGGCCACCGAGGACCUGCUGCGGUCCACCCGCGUCGGUAUCAUCGUGAACAAAUUCAAGCAGCACAAGACCCCUGAGGUCGCCCGUCUGGCGAGCGAGAUCGUCUCCAGAUGGCGCACGGAAGUGAACAAGCAGAAGGCCCGGGCCUCCCCCGGGGCCAGCCGGCCGGAGAGCAGCUCGCCGCACCCGACACAGAACGGCACCCCCUCUGGCGGCACCACCCCCUCCGACAAGGUUUCCAAGCUGUCGGUGCCUCCGGACAAGCGGACCUGGAAGGCCGACGGCGUGGAUCCCAACCAAACCUCGAACCGGAUCCGGGACAGCUGCAUUGGGCUGCUGUACGACGGACUGUGUCUCAACUCGACCGAAGCACCGCGGACGGUGUUGAACAAGGCGUGUGCCGUGGAGGCGGCAGCUUUCAGCGCCUUCGGGCCGGAGUCGAAGGAACCCUACCGCACCAAGAUCCGCAGCCUGUUCCAGAACCUGAAGAACAAAUCGAACCCGACGCUGCGGGUGAGAGUCAUGGACGGCGACGUGACGCCGGAAUAUUUCGUCAAGAUGUCGCACAACGAGCUCCGGUCGGCGGAGCAGGAGGAGCGCGACCGUCGGAUCCAGAAGGAGAACAUGGACAAGGCGAUGGUGGCACAGGCGGAGCGGAGCAUCAGUACCAGUUUGCAGUGCGGCAAGUGUGGGCAGCGCAAGGUGACAUACACGGAGGCGCAGACGCGCAGUGCGGACGAACCGAUGACGCUGUUCUGCACGUGCAUGAACUGCGGGAAAUCGUGGCGACAGUGAUUAGACUGGGAUGGGAUUGAGACCGAGAUUGGGGACUGGGGCAGGAUCUAUUCUCCUUUGUAUUUUGUAUCUGAUUGUGAUUGUUGGUGUUGGGAAUGUCUUGAGGCGAGGAGUUGCGGGCUGUUUCAAAAAGGUUAUGUCAUGUCACUAUAGAGGAUGGACGACGUCAUAUCAUCAUCCAUCAUCCAUCAAUACCACCACUUCCA